GGUUACAGAAUCCAUUCCCUGCUGUAAGUAAAGCGAUUUUUGUCGAUCGCUUGGCGGAAACACAUUUAAAUUAAUUUAUUUUAGCCAGAUGAGCUCGGCAGCGCAAAUAAACCAAGCUGCAUUGUAUGGUUUAGUGAGAGAAAGCUGCUUUCUGACAGAGAAAUAUUGAUAUUCUCUGUGGUCGACGACGGGACACGACGGGACAGCUCCGCUGACCGGAUCGCCGGAGUGUAACUGGAGUGGAUCCCGACGCACGUGGACCGUGACGGAAUGGCGCCCUUCGCCGCCUAAGGAAAACGCCACCUUUAGUGGACAAGAAGCUAUGGUCCAGGAGAGAUCCCUGGCGCUCGGACCCGUUCCUGCCGGCGCUUGACCCUGCGCUGCGGUCCGAGUCGCCCCAUCCAUGGGAUGAUGGCCUCUGCCGUUGCCAGCGGAAACCGGGACCGGCAGCCGCUCGUCCCCAAAGGGGUGGACCCGGAAACCUGCAUGAUCGUUUUCAAGAAUCACUGGGCUCAGGUGGUGAAGAUCCUGGAGAAACACGACCCCCUGCGCAGCAGCGGAGGAGUGCAGGGAGCGGGCGGCGGCGGCGGCCUACGCUUCGGGCCCAUCCCGGGCGACGAGGCGAGCGCCGUGCAGAACUACGUGGAGCACAUGCUUUUCCUUCUGAUGGAGGAGGGCUGCGGCCAGGCAGGCGCCAUGGGCCCCAUCCUGGAGUUCGUGGUCACGGAGAACGUCAUGGAGAAGCUCUUCCUUUGGAGCCUCCGGCGCGAAUUCACCGACGACAUGAAACUGGAGCAGCUGCGAAUGUACGAGAUGCUGGUGGGCGGCUCUCGGCAGCCCCUGCUGCACCACAAGCCCGUGCUGCGGCCCCUCAUGAUGCUGCUGAGCUCGUGCUCCGGUGCCGCCUCCCCCGCCGUCGAAGCCGAGCUCGUGCUCCUCCUGGGCCAGCUCUGCUCCAUCCUGGCCCGGGACGCGUCCGUGCUGGAGCUGUUCUUCCACACGAGCGAGGAUCAAGGAGCGGCCAACUUCCUCAUCUUCUCCCUGCUCAUCCCCUUCAUCCACCGCGAGGGCACGGUGGGCCAGCAGGCCCGCGACGCUCUGCUGCUCAUCAUGGCGCUGUCUGCCGAGAACGGCGUUGUGGCCCGGCACAUUGCCGAGAACACCUUCUUCUGUCCGGUGCUGGCCACAGGGCUCAGCGGCCUGUACUCGUCCCUGCCCCCCAAGCUGGACGUCUGCGGUGAGGACUGGCACUGCCUGCAGCGGGAAGAGUGGCUGCAGGUGCCCGCGCUGGUGCAGUUCCUCAACUCGCUGGAGUUCUGCAACGCCGUCAUUCAGGUGGCCCACCCUACCAUCAGAGAGCAGCUUGUCGGCUACAUCUACAACGGCUUCCUGGUGCCCGUCCUCGCUCCUGCUCUGCACAAGCUGACCCUAGAGGAGGUGAUGACCACCACGGCCUACCUGGACCUGUUCCUGCGCAGCAUUUCCGAACCCGCUCUGCUGCAGACCUUCCUCACCUUCGUCCUGCUGCAUCAACAUGAGAACGUUCACAUCCUGGACACGCUGGUGAGCCGCAUCAACACGCCCUUCCAGCUGGGCACGGUGUCUCUCGCUCUCUUCCGCACCCUGGUCGGGCUCUACUGCGAGGACGUCAUGCUUCAGCUCGUGCUCAGGUACCUGAUUCCCUGCAAUCACAUGAUGCUAAGCCAGCGCUGGGUGGUCAGAGAGAGGGACUGCUACUCCGUAUCAGCAGCCAAGAUCCUGGCCCUCACUCCCUCCUGCUGUCCCCCCGAACUCACCCUUACUCCGCUCAGGCAGCAGCUCAACUACAUCCUGUGGUCCAAGAGCCCUGAUGGCUGCCAGGGAACCAUAGAUGACUCUCUAUCGGAGGAAGACUGCUCCGGCUACUCCUGCGUCAUCGGCGCAGAGGUCACCAUGGAUGUCAACUACCUGCACUACCUGCUGGACGCCCGCAGCAGAAUCACCCGGUGCAUCAAGGCGUGCGGUGUGUGGUCAGCCCCGUAUGACGGCGAGGACCCCCCGCCCGAGCACUACCAGCCCAGCUCGCUAGAGGAGGUGAGCAAACCGCUGUCCUCCAAGCCAAGCCGGAGGCGCCGCCCUCCGUCCGAGCUGCGCUCCAAGGAGGACCGAGCCAACCAGCUGGAUCUGGAGUGGGACGACAGCUACGACACGGCGCUGUCCCCCGACGGUUCCGACGACGCGCCGGCCGAGCCACCGAAGCACAUCCAGGAAAUGAGGCGGAACGCCAUCAUGCUAGUCAAGGGCUCCUACAUCGAGGAGUCCGAUUUCCAGGACGAUGUCAUGGUAUACAACCUGGUGGCACAGAAGGACUCCCAGGAUGCCAAGCAGGGGCCUCAAGCUGUAGGGUCCGACGCAGAGUCGGGUGCGCAGCGAUCGGCCCUCAGCAACGGCCACGCAGAUGGCGACGGCGAGAGCCAGGACGCGGGGGCAGAGACGGGCCGCAAAGCGAGCCUGCGGGUGCCAAGCCAGGGUGACGACGACGACGACCGGGACCUUGUCUCCCAGUAUGAGGAGCUCAUCAGGACGCUGGGGGAAGAGUCAACAAUCCCAGGAAAAGGGGAGAUGGAGGAAGAGCAGCAGGAGGAGGAGGAAGUCGAUUUCGCUUCCUUUUCAGCUGAAACUCCAGAACAGGAGAAGACCGUCCCGCCAUUUGGGCAGAAGAGCCGCAGCGGGAGCCGAUGCCACGGAGUGCCUUUCACUGGGCCGUUCAUCAGCGUGCUGCUGUCCCGAUUGGAGAACAUGCUGGAGAACUCGCUCCAUGUCAACCUGCUGCUGACGGGCAUCCUGGCCCAGCUUGCCGCCUACCCGCAGCCCCUGCUGCGCUCCUUCCUGCUCAACACCAACGUGGUGUUCCAGCCCAGCGUGAGGUCCCUCUACCAGGUGCUGGCGUCCGUGAAGAACCAGAUAGAGCGGCUGGCAUCCUCCAGGUUUGAUUUCUCGGAGCAGCUGCUGGAGGCGCAGCGGUGUCUUCUGGCCCGGGAGAACACGCUGAAGGGCCGGGAACUUCUGCUGGAGUCUCACCGCAGAGAGAAAGGAGACUGGCACCCAACCGGGGACGAGAAACGAGCUCAGGACAACCAGAAGAACCCGUCGGCCAAGUCCAAGCCCGGGAACGAGGCCUUUGCCACCCUGCUCUUUGCAGAGUUCCUCAAGGAGCUGGCAGCCCUUGCCCAGGAGCACUCUGUCCUGUCACUCAUACCAGAGGAGGAGUAGGAGAGAUCAACAUUAAGGAGAACGUUCACAAGAUGGCCAUAUGCAGUUUGAGCCCUGCCUUUCGACGGUACCCUGUGGUGAUUGACACACAGCAGCUUGCAGAGGCAGGAACUGUUUUUCCUCGGGGUUUUAUACACCCUGGUAACAAGACAGUUUCACACACAAGAGGUUUCUAUUUGCUUCAGUUUUUAUAAACCUGCAAUAGUCAUGUUCCCACAACUAUGUGGUGAAGAAGAUACCUUCCCUGGUGUUUGGAGCAGAUUUGUGGGUGGUGCUGGAACAGUAUUUUCAGCACAGUGUCUUGUGUGGUCCAGGUGAUUAUGUGUCAAUACAGACAAGUCUGCUGGUGGUCUGGAGCUUAUUGUGAGGGCUUGAAGCUGAAUCAUCUACACAGAGUAUAACCUAGUUACGAGUUUUCUAUUUCCUUCAUGGCUUUUUCUUGACGUUGGGGAGGGGGGACAGUUACCAAACCAAAGACUGGAGGAAUAAGCCCAGACGCCACUAAGGAGACAUGCCAUAGAGCUUGGUGGACUCGAGGACUGUGGCCUUACAUGAAGAGCUGUCCCCAUUCGCCACGGUGGGGGAAAUACAAAGUGCUGAGCACUAAGCGAAAGAAAGAAGCCCCAGUGUGCAUUCAUGGUCAUGCCCUGGGGACUCCCGACGGUUGAUAAAGCACAAAACGCUCAACGUCAGUCAACUGGACGUCUGCCCAUUGCACCAUGGGCAAAGAAAUUCUUCGCUGUGUCUUUCGCUGGAUGCCCAUGUGACACUUGCUCCACGUUUUGUCUUCCUGUACAGUUUGCAGUGUUCAGAGUCCUCAAAGACUGUUCCAGCAGAAUUAUAUGCAAGUCUGGCUGAAUGUGGAGACAACAGCGAACUCCUGUGUGUUUUGAGGAAAUGUAUGAAGUUUCACAAGUUCAUUCCUGAACAGGCAAAGGUGGGAAUGGAAAGUACAACAGGAGUAUCUCGGGUCACGUUGUACAGGAAAAAAGAUCUAGGGAACUUCAUGUUUGUUUUUCGUUUCAUUUCAUAUACAGUAUGUAAAUGUACCAGCAGCAAUAUCUGCUCACUUAAAUCCUAAGAGUCUGCAGAUAAAUGGCAAAAUCCACAAUCAACCCCUGCGAACUGAACACCUUCAAAAUCCAUUUAACAUUUAGUGAAACCUCUCCCUGUUCAAUAAGUGCUACUGUUACUCUACCAUAGCCGAGGGGCAUUUUAACAUGUUUUCUGUGGGCUUUAUGUUCACAGAUGAGACACAUCUGGGUGUCACAGUCUGUAUUUAAGCCUUACUCUCUUCUUGCACACUUCCGUAUUUUAAAAGUUGCUGAAAAUUCUAUGCAAAUUGUAUUGGGGGAAAAUAUUUCAAAUAGGGUAGGGUAUUUAAGCAAUGCAAUGUUUUGUAAAAUACAGUUAGAUAUUGCCAUAUUUUUUACGCUGAAGUGUAAGAAGCGGUUGUUUUUCUUUGUCUUUGCUUUGUGGACUAUGAGUGGAAGGCACACUGUAUCUAAACACGGUGAUGUGGACUGGACACUCACAGUGGUACUCCUCACACGACGGCCAGGGCAGCGUUCUGCACGCAGCAUGCGUCCUCAUACCGUCACAUUGGAUGCCUUGACUUGAGAAACAACACACAGCAUGAACACACAAAGACUUCCAGUUUGUUACAAAAAAGGUCUGACUUUGCGUAUGAAGGGUAGUUUGUUACUAUGGGGCAUGUCGCUAGGAAAGAGCGCAGGGCACAGGUAUCUGAACGAGUGUUACAACGGUGUCUGAAACCAGACCGAACUGACUGCCCUGCAUCUCUGGCCUUGCUGCCGACACCAGCACAACAGAGCAAGAAAUUGCCGAUUCCACCAUGAAAUAUUUAGACUUCUGGAUCAUUUCCUUCUAAUUUUGUGGAUGCCGAGUUGCCCUGCAGUCCAGGAAACCCAAAGCAGCUGUGCCGGGUGAAAGUGAUGUUUUCAAUGGAACCACAUGUUGAGCACCUUAGCUGCGGCGCACAGUUCCUUCUGGAGAGUUCCAUGCUCCUCGCAAGAUGAUUGUGGCCCUGUAGGACUGCUGUCUGUGCAUCUCCAACAUGGCCUGCGUGCCACAGUGCAGAGGGGCGUGAAUCUAAUAAAGGCGCA